AUGUCUUAGUAGUAAAAGUAGCUUGAGGAGUACAGAAAAAAGUAAGAGGAAAAAUUCAAAUUAAAAUAAGAAUAAGCUGCUACUUAACCAUCUCUAUUAAAAACAGGUUCAUAGCUAUCUAAUAAUUCUGCUGCAAAUGUUGACCACAAAGGCUAAGAGAAAGAAAUGUAUGAUCUGAACUAGAGUUUAAAUAAAGAUGAUCAAGAAACAGGAGAUAUCGAGCUAAAAACUAUAAAAAGCAUGCAGGUCCUUAAUAAUGGCAACUUUGGAGAAAAUGAUGAGGAAGCUAGAGAAUUUAAAAAGAAAAAGAUGAAUGCAUUUAUUGGCUCUUAUGAUAAUCUAGCCUAUGCAUAAUAAAGAGAAGAGUCACAAUUUCAAAGGAUUAAGCUUCAACAAGAUCAUCCAAUUAGCAUAUUGAAAGCUCCAGAUCAUCAUAAACAUAGAGCAGUGAUGAUAGAUGAGGAGUAGAAUAAUGUUCAUUUCUUGAUUACAGAUAAUCGCUCUCGUCAUAAUGAUGAUCGCUCCUCUCAAUAAAGCCGCAGAGUAAUUAGUAAAAUAAACAAGACUAGAAGUAUAGCCAGCAGUAACAGGAGUGUGAGAAGUGUUAUGAGUAAGCAUAGCACUCAUUCACUGAGGGACAAGGAUGGAGAACAUGCUGAACCACUUAUUGAGAAUCUCUCGCAGCUAACAUUCCAAAAUAAUAAUCGUAAUUCAAUAUCAGAAAUUAAUGUGCACGACGAGAUGGACGACCGUAAUAGCUACAGACUUUGCUGUUUCAAAGAAAGACGUAUACAUAAGCGAUACAUAUACAUAGGACUUAUUACUUUAUUGCUACUAGCAGCAUACUUGAUAAUAGUAUUCUUGUACUUUCUAUGA